AUGGAGGACUACAAGAAAACAGACGACGAGAGAGACUUGCCCAAGAGGCCGUGGGACACCUGCCGAGAGGUCCCCAUCAUUGAAGAUGAACAGACGCCAUGGAAAAUGAUCAAACUACUGAGGACCAUCUGUCUCCUUUUAACUGCUAUUGUCGUGUUUGGGUUGGCCCUAUGCAGCAAGACCUCCUUUCUCCUGCUAAUCACCUUGUCCAAUGAAGGCACCAGGAUCCUUUCCGAUGAGCGGAAACCCGUCGCCCUGCUGUGUAUUGGCUGCGCUCUUAUGACCCCCAGCGUCCUUCUCUUUCUGCAGAGCAUCUGGAAGGCUUGUUACAAGACCUCAAAGUCGCCGGCGAAGGCUACUAUAGCUCUGGUUCUGUUCUUCGAGUUCUUGGUGUCCCUGGGUGCAGCGAUUCUCACAAUAGUUGCAAUGCCACACUUGGACAUUGUCACCAACGUGACCAUCCUGAACGGUGUAGCCGUCCUCUCCGCCCUCCUGCAGGUGAUCACCCAGUGCACUGCCAAAGAAAGGAACCGCUACCUGCUUCCAUCCAUCACCGCCUUACUCCUCAUUCUGCUCGGCUACGUUCUGUUCCUCUUCUUAUACAUCACGAAGGAUCCCACUAAUACCAAGAUGUCAAUUUGGGUGGGUUUGGCGGUUGGCGGGUCCUUCUUUGUGUCUCUGAACUGGUGGGAAAACUACCUGAGACUGAUCAGUAAAAACAGCAGCUCUGUCAUCCUGAAGAGCCUGUGCAUGGACGUGAAGAGGAGCCAGAACAUGCUGAACAUGCUCACCAGCCUGCUCAGGAUCGUAGUGAUCGGCUGUGUGCUGGGAGCCUACGUUCCCCUCGCCAAAAUGGACUGGGACAUUGUCAACACCAUCCCAAGUCGUGAGACCAGAAUCAUCGGCAUCCUCAUAGGCGUCCAGCUGAUCUCCUCUGUGCUCUGCCACUGGUUUUCGCUGGCAGCUUGCAAGAUGCAUGCCCUGCGGCGGUGCUUCAUCCUUCCCAUAUACUUUGCCUCUCUGGCUGUCAUGGCUCUGCUCGUCAUCCCCGUCAUCGUUUACUACCAGGACUACAGAAUCAGUCUGAACGGGACCACCACCAACUUCACAAGCUACUGCAGCAUAGUCGUGGAUGGAAGAAGCGCAAGCCUGAACGGCAGCGUGUUCCCAGACCUGGUGUAUGAUGUGACUCACUCUCUGUGCUACCUGGACAUGUCGAAGAUGAUGGACAUUGGCCUUCUGACAGGUUCAGCCGUGUCCUGGUGGCUCGGACUCGUGUUGGCCACGAUCCACCUGUGGCACCUCAGUCUGUACCGAAUCCAGAGGACUCAGGAGCUGUUCAUCAGGAGGCUGUAUGAGGGGGGAUUCAUGGAGCAGUCGCUGCUCCUCAACACUCGCUUUGACGUCCAGACAACUGAGAAGCGGAAAAAAUUCAGAUCACUCGACCCCGCAAAAGUGUACCUUUGCGCGACCAUGUGGCACGAAACCUACGACGAGAUGAUGAAGAUUAUUAUUUCAAUAUUCCGACUGGACAAGUACAGGCCAUUGAAGGAAGGAGUGAUCAGCGAUGUGACUUUCGAGGGCCACGUGUACUUCGACGACGCCUUCAAGAACGUUACCGGCAGUCACGGCCGCCACGUCAACGAAUACGGAGAGAUGCUUGUGAACAUUAUCCGAGAAGUCUACGGCAUCUUCAUAAACAUGGAUAAAGGCCUCUUCAAAAAGCGGCAGCAGAUUCCUAAUCAGGGUAUCGUGAGGACGUCGUACGGAGGACGUCUGGUGUUCACCCUGCCUCAAGGAAACAGUCUAACGGUCCACUUCAAGGACAAGCAUCUCAUCCGCCACAAAAAGAGAUGGUCUCAGGUCAUGUACUUGUACUACCUCCUGGGAUGGAAGCUCUCAACUAAGUAUUUCAAAAAGUGGAACAAAGUCGGAGUGGACGAGGCAGAGCUGAAACGAGAGUUCCAGAAAGAGAAGCACAACACCUACAUCCUGGCGCUCGAUGGAGACACAGACUUCCACCCUGCUGCUGUGAUGUUGCUCGUUGAUCGUCUGAAGCUUUAUCCUCAGGUCGGCGCAGCGUGUGGAAGGAUUCACCCCACCGGAUCAGGUCCCAUGGUGUGGUAUCAGAAGUUUGAGUACGCCGUGGGUCACUGGCUUCACAAGACGGCAGAGCACGUGUACGGCUGCGUGCUCUGCAGCCCGGGAUGCUUCAGUCUGUUCAGAGCGUCGGCGCUGAUGGACAACAAUGUGAUGAAGAAAUACACAGUGAAAGCCUCAAAGCCUGCAGAUCACAUCCAGUACGAUCAAGGAGAGGACCGUUGGCUGUGCACUCUGCUGCUGAAGCAGGGAUGGCGAGUGGAGUACAACGCAGCAGCAGACGCUUACACCAACGCCCCGGAGGAGUUCAAAGAGUUCUUCAACCAGCGUCGCCGAUGGGGUCCAUCCACCAUGGCUAACAUCGUGGACUUGCUCGGCUCCACCACCCUGCUGUGCAAGAGGAACCCGUCCAUGUCCAAACCCUACAUGGUCUACCAGCUCUUCAGCCUGGCUUCGUCCAUCCUGUCACCGUCCACCGUCGUUCUCAUGAUUGCAGGGAGUCUGACCAUAUUGCUGGACAUCCAUCCUAACUGGGCUCUGGUCAUAGCUGUGAUACCUCCUGCCAUCUUCCUCGGCGUCAGCUUCAAGAUCAAGGCCGACACUCAGAUUACUAUCGCAGCCUUCUUAGGCAUCCUGUACGCCUUCCUCAUGAUGAUAUCAGCUCUGGUCGUUGUCGGAAACAUGGUGGAGCAACAAACCAUCAUGACUCCCAGCAGCCUCUUCAUCAUCUCCCUCACCUGCUUCUACCUCUUCACUGCGCUCUUGCAUCCUCAGGAGGUCGGCCUGAUAGUCUUCGGCUUGCUUUACAUCAUCUGCAUCCCCAGCGCUUACCUGCUGCUGUCCAUUUACUCCAUGGUCAACAUGAACAACGUGUCCUGGGGAACCAGAGAGACGGCGGCUCCCGCUGGGGCCGCUCAACAAGCAGCAGUGACCCCUCAAACCCAAACUCAGAAAGCCAAAAACGCACUCACUCGCUUCUUCAUGCAGUCCAAGUGCUGUCGAAAAAUGUGCAGAAGAGAUGAUACAGAGGAGCUCAUUGCCAACCAGGAGAACCGGGUGAUGAGGGUGGAAAAGGAGGAAAUCCAACCCCAAAACACCAUCGUGGGGGACGUGACAGACUUUCCAACAACACCAGAGCCUGUUUUCACCUGCCCUAACCAAUGCUGGGUUACACAGCUGCAGAGUUUGUCUGAUGACAUGCUCCUGCAGGAGGAUGAGCUUGACCAGGAUGAAGAUGAGUUUUUCAGAGAUAUGACCACCAAAUAUCUGGAGCCUCUUCCUGAAGACAAAAAGAAGCAGAAAGAAAUGGCUGCUGCGCUCAGCGAGCUGAGAAACAAAAUCACCUUCGUUUACUUCAUCUGUAACGCCUUCUGGCUCAUCGCGACCUUCACUCUGCAGCUCGCGUCCACGUCCGUCUUCAUCCAGGUGCCGAAGGUCGACAUCAACAUGCAGCCCACCGGAGAGUACCUCUUCAUCGAGCCCGUCGGCUUCAUGUUCAUCAUCGCUUUCGCCCUGCUGGUUCUGGUCCAGUUCAUAGCUAUGCUGUAUCACAGGACAUACACUCUGAUCCAUUUCAUCGCCUUUCUGGACACCGAGGCCACGCUGGAAAGACGAGCAUAUGAAACCCAACAGGUCACAGAUGACAAAGAUAACAAUGGUUACAAUGAUGAUGCAGACGAAGACGAUGAGGAUGAGGAUGAGGAUGAGGACGACAGAGACAGCCUCAUGUUCUCCAGUAUGUACAGCAGGAGCCAGGAAAGCGGGACUAUGGUGUGACGCCCAGACAGAAGGAAAACCGAUGAAACCUCUUUCAAGCACUUUGAAACACUCCUCACAUGACUACCUGAUAUUUAUCUUCAGAGUGAGUUUUUUAAAGCUCAUGAUAUUUAUAAAUGUACAUCAAUCAUGUCUAUGAAGUUUAUAAAAACCCUUUCAUGCCGGUUUAUGAAGACAAAACAAACUUUUGAAUCAAGUUAAUGAAGUUUUUGUUGUUGUUUUUUUAAUUUCAUGAAACUCUUUCAGUCAGUUUGAAGAUGAUUAUAAAAGCAUUUGGUUGCAAAAAUAUCAGUAAAUCCAGUUUCUUGAAGCCUUAAAGUUGAGUAACUCAGAUUCAAACACUCAUUUAAACCUCUUUUAGAAAAAAGAGUUUAAGUCUAUGAAGGCGUUUUAGUGGAUUUUAUGUUAAAAAAAAACAACCUUUUAAUCAAGUUAAUGAAGUUGGAAAAAGCCUUUUAGUCCAGUUUGUGAAGUUAGCAACCCUUUCGUUCAGUUUGUGAACAUUUUAAACCCUUUUAGUUUGUUUUUUUAAUUUCAUAAAACUCUUUCAGUCAGUUUAAAGAUCAUUAUAAACUCCUCUAGUUGAGACACUUGCAAAGAUAUCAAUAAAUCCAGU